GCUGUUUGUGAGUACACACACUUCUUCAGAUCUCAAACCUACAGCCACACUUCCACACUCCCAGCACCACCAUGAGAGAGUUCAAGAGCAAGGAUUUUUGGAGGGCCGUUCUGGCCGAACUGGUCGGCAUGACCCUUUUCAUUUUCCUCAGCCUCUCGUCAGCCAUCGGGAACAAGAACAACACUGACCCGGACCAAGAGGUGAAGGUGUCGCUGGCCUUCGGACUGGCCAUCGCCACGCUGGCACAGAGUUUAGGCCACAUCAGUGGAGCCCACCUGAAUCCUGCGGUCACUCUCGGGAUGCUUGCCAGCUGCCAGAUCAGUGUGUUCAAGGCAAUCAUGUACAUUGUGGCCCAGAUGCUGGGUUCAGCUCUGGCCAGUGGCAUUAUGUAUGGAGCACGUCCAAGCACCACUGUUGCACUGGGGCUCAACUCUCUCAAUGGUGUCACCCCCAGCCAAGGCGUGGGCAUCGAGCUCCUGGCAACCUUCCAGCUGGUGCUGUGUGUCAUUGCAGUCACUGAUAAAAGGCGGCGUGAUGUCAGCGGCUCUGCACCCCUGGCCAUUGGCCUCUCCGUGUGCCUGGGACACUUGGCAGCUAUCAGCUACACAGGCUGUGGCAUCAACCCCGCUCGCUCCUUUGGUCCGGCUUUGAUCCUGAACGAUUUCACGAACCACUGGGUGUACUGGGUGGGGCCGAUGUGCGGCGGUGUCGCAGCAGCUCUCAUAUACGACUUCCUGCUCUCGCCCAAAUUCGAUGACUUCCCUGAGCGUGUCAAGGUCCUGGUCAGCGGUCCAGUGGGCGACUACGAAGUCAACGGCGCCAACGACACUACAACCGUUGAAAUGACGACGAAAUAGUCCAAACACUUCCCCACCACUUAGUGUCAUUGUACAUGUUUAUGCUCCUGUAAAAAGAAAAGCUCUUGAAUUGUAGUGUAGGAUUUUUUGUGCUGUUUGUUUUUUUAAAUACCAAUGAGGAUUGUGGUAACGGGUCAGUUAGUGUCUCCCUCUAAUUCACUCCCUUGUUUGACCCCACGCACACAGAAGCAGCUCAAGCACACACACAAGUCGAGGGCGUGACAAUCCCGACUCAGCAGUGUGCUGAAAUGUUUUCCCAUAUCAGUAUUUUAAGAUGAGCCAUUUUUCUAUUCUCUAUGUGUCUCUAUCACUUUAUAUUUACGAUGGAUAAUGUAUUUUGUGUGCACUCUUGAAAUGCCUCUCACUUUUUUAAGUAAAUAAAACACUUGUUGUUAACA